AUGCUUGUCAAGAAAAAAACUAUCAGUUCUAAAAAAUCUAUCAAACGUGGUAGAGGUCUCUUAAAUCAAAUUAUCAACAAGUUACCUGUUGAAUUACACUUACCUGGUUAUCAAUACUGUGGCCCUGGAACAAACUUAGCAAAACGAUUGGCACGUGGUGAUCCUGGAAUUAAUCCUCUUGAUCAAGCUUGUAGAGAACACGAUAUUGCGUAUUCUCAAAAUAAAGAUAACCUUGAAAAUAGACACGUUGCAGAUAGGAUACUCGCGGAAAAAGCUUGGAAUCGUGUACGUGCUAGUGACGCAAAACUUGGUGAAAAAGCUGCAGCUUGGGCAGUUACUAACGCAAUGAAAAUAAAAACUAAAUUAGGAAUGGGUCUUAAAUCGAAAAUGAAAAAGAAGAAAAACAAAAAGGCCACAUUUCCGUUAAGAAAUAUUGUUUUAGCGGCAAAAAAAUUCAUCACACCUAGCAAUGAUACAUCUUCUGCUAUAAAGUCAGCUCUAGAAGGUGCACGUAUAGCUGUGAAAGUAGCAGGUGGAAAAUGCAAAGUGAAACAACCUCGAAUUUUACCCAUACCAAAAAAAAUUGGUGGUUUUUUAUCAUUUCUUAUACCACUCUUUGCUAGUCUUAGUGCAAUAGGGGCUCUAUCUGGUGGAGCAGCUGGAAUAGCAAAAGCAGUUAAUGAUGCAAGAGCAGCUAAAAAUCAACUAGAAGAAUGUCAACGUCAUAACAGAGCCAUGGAAUCUCUAGCUGUAGGAAAAGGUCUCUAUCUUAAGCCAUAUAAACAAGGAUUAGGAUUAGCAUGUGCUGUGGAAAAAAGGAAAAAAAAGCUCAAAAAAUUGUAA